ACAGAAUCGAGGAGCUUGAAACGGCUCCUAACAAGUUGUAAGCUCCCCAGAUCUAUAGAUGCCCAAAUGUGGAUCAGCUGAAGGCUUAUUUGCAUAUCAAUUUGGAUCACGUACCAUACUAAUGGAUACCAUGUUAUAAGACCUGGUGUGGUGUUCUCUUCUGCUCCUGCCACUCCGUGCACUUGUUGAUUCUUUCUGCAGUUUAUUUGCUUUACUCGUCUCAGCAGCUUCGUCUAUUUCUCUUGAUUUAAAGCUUCAGACGAAAGUUUAAUUUUGCAAAGCCCCAGUUAUCCGAAUCCUCGCAUCUGCCUUCUUCCUCCCUCGGAAACAAUGGCUACCAAAGGAAAAACCAUCCGAUGCAAAGGGGCCGUGUGCUGGAAGCGAGGGGAGCCGCUGGUGAUAGAGGAGGUGGACGUAGCGCCCCCGCAGCCAUCGGAGGUCAGAAUCAAGAUCAUCUGCACCUCCCUCUGCCACAGCGACGUCACCUUCUGGACUCUCCCUGAACCAGCUGGAGUCUUCCCCAGAAUUCUCGGCCAUGAGGCCGUUGGGAUUGUGGAGAGUGUGGGAGAAGGGGUGAGGGAAUUCAAAGAAGGUGACAUGGUGGUGCCCUCCUUACUGGCCGACUGCGAGGAGUGUGUGGGUUGCAAGUCCGAGAAGAGCAACAUCUGUGCCACCUUCCCCUUCUCGCCGUUGAGGACGGGGAUGCCCAGAGACGGCAGCAGCCGGCUGUCGACUGCUAGCGGCCAACGGCUUCACCACUUCCUCAACGUUUCAAGCUUCGUAGAGUACACGGUCUUGGACGUCACCCAUCUCGUGAAGGUCGACCCGGCGGACGUCCCUCCGGAGAAGGCUUGCCUGCUCGGCUGUGGCGUUUCCACUGGUGUAGGCGCCGCUUGGAGAGCUGCCGGGGUGGAGAUGGGAUCCAAAGUUGCGAUUUUUGGACUUGGAUCCGUUGGCUUAGCGGUUGCGGAAGGAGCUCGACUGAGAGGUGCAUCCCAGAUAAUUGGUGUGGAUUUGAACCCUGACAAGCAUGAGAUCGGAAAGAAAUUUGGAGUUACGGAUUUCAUCAAUCCAAAAGAGUGUGGUGAUAAAUCCUUGAGCCAGGUGGUGAUGGAGUUAACAGGAGGGGGCGCAGACUAUUGCUUCGAGUGCGUGGGCCUUGCCUCCCUCAUGUCAGAAGCCUACAGCAGUAGUCGUCCGGGACGGGGAAAGACGGUCAUAUUGGGGGUGGAGAUGAACGGUGCACCCUUCUGCAUUGGCUCUGGAGAGUUGCUGCAAGGUCGGACCGUUGUUGGCUCAUUGUUCGGAGGUGUCAAGCCCAAGACUGACAUCCCAAAUUUUGCACGCCUCUACAAGCGCAAGGAACUUCAAUUGGAUGAUUUCAUCACACACGAAGUGAGCCUCCACGAGAUCAACCAAGCUUUUGAGCUGCUGACGCAAGGCAAGAGUCUGAGAUGCAUAAUUUGGAUGGACAAACCGACGAACCGAAUCAAUUAGGUGGGUUCGCUCUGAAAAAUGAGCGACAUGCUCGUUGUAUUGAAGAAGAAUAAUUAACAGACCGCUUGCAUUUCCGUUGGAUCAGAUAAUUUCCUCUUCGACGAUAAGGCAAGUUUGAUCGCUUGGAUAAGAGACGCCUACAGUAUAUCUAUCAAUCAAAGUAUUGCUGUAAUAAACCAUUACGUAUAACUAAAUUAGAAAUUUCAGAUAUUCUAUGAAA